UAACUUGAAACUCUGCGUCCUAUAUAGCUGAUCGUCAUUCCUUUAUUUCUCGUCCAUUUAUCAGGCCAAAGAUGUUUUGGAAUGUAUUCAACUGCUUCACGACUACGUGCACAACUCUGCACGAAGAGGUUUUCGCCAAUUUGCCUUUCGAUGAUUGUAUGUCAUCGUGCAAGACUUGUCGUGGCUUAUUGCGGAAGAAUGAAUGGGCUGGCUACGACCCAGACACGGAUCCGUACGAUGUUCGGUUUGCUGUGAUCGAACUCACUCCCGAAGAGCCGCCCGAAAUGAUGCUGAAAAGGCAGAUUGCUGCUUUACAGAUUCGAAUUGGAAGAGGUGGUGACCCAGCGACUGUCCGCCACUACGAAAAGGUCCUUCAGGAACUGAUUGAUGAGCUACCUCCGACAGCCCAGAAAUCUAUUUCUCCAACUUUAUUGCGGCGAUUAUCGUUGUCCAAGCGUAGCCGCAAGGACUCUUCGAUUUCGGAAUUCCAGUCGAUGUCCACCGGACUAUGGGAUGACUAUGCUGAAAUUCCCAAUUUUAGCGAUUUUAGUGCUUCAGAUGACGAAGUCUUUUCCGACUCAGAGGAUGAAAGCGAGCAGGACCCGCAGUCUCCAUCGAAUCGGAACUUGCUUGUCAACGACGGCGCAGAAAGCGUUCGCCUGUGAUGGCCUGCGCGAACCUUCAAAUUUGAUAGGGUGAUCUGAGCAGAGUUUCAAUCACCGAGAAGUUUUGAUGCCCGCAUAGGCAUGGAAUAUGCAUGGCGUCUCCGCAGUGUUUGAGCUGUUAUGGAAAUCAUGAAGCUCGCGCUGAGCAUCGAGUGUGACCCUGCAAUUAUAGG